AUGGUUGUAUCAACAGGUGUUCCUAUUCUUGCAAUAUCAGAACAUGAACCGGAGUACGCCGUCGAGGAGUGUUCUCAAGGAAAUCAGUUUUUUAUACCCAAGGUUGAUGAAAAGCUUAAACCAAAGAUCAACUCACACUUCCUAACUAUAAAUGAAGCGGAGAAGAUGUAUAGGGCAUACGCGGACAAUGCUGGAUUUGAUGUUCGGCUGCACGCCAAAAAAACAAACAAGAAUGGAGACAUACAAACAAGAUGGUUUGUAUGUAAUAAGGAGGGAACACCAAACAAACAAUUUUUUGAUUCCAUGGAUAUGCAGUCUGGUGAAAGGAGAUAUCGUAACACGAACCUUAAACGUUGUGGAUGUUUAGCAUGCAUAAAAGUCCAUUUGAAAAAGGAUAAAUCUGGUUACGAGAUAUAUGAGUUUGUCGAGGCACAUAAUCAUGCGCUAUUCAACACUAACGAUCGACGUUUCUCAAGGAAAAAUAGACAAAUGAAGUAUACGGAUUACAAAAAUGUCCUGAAUAGCUCGAGCUACAAAGUUGGUGCGAUUAGGGCUCACCGUAUACAAACUGCAUUAAAUGGUGGGUUUGAGCACAAUCGAUGUUCUGAGAUCGACUUUAAGAAUUUCAAGAGAGAUGCAGUUGCGUGUGUUGGGAAAAAGGAUGCAAAGAUGUUGAUCAAUAAACUAUCCAAUAGGCAUGCGAUGAUUUUUGUUCCCUUUUUGGCGGUUGACAAUCACAAAGCUUCGGUUGUUGUUGGAUCGGCGUUAAUAAGUGGUGAGACUAUUGAAAACUUUACAUGGGUUCUAAGAGCUUUCCUAAAAUGCCAUGAGAAGCAACCAGUUUUUGUGAUUACGGAUCAGUGUUCGGUGAUGAAGCAAGCAGUCCCGUUGAUCAGUGUCGCCUUAAAUCAAGAUCCUAUAUUCAAUAAGGUUAUUAACAAGCUCGUGUGGAACAUACAUAUUGGCCCAUCGGAAUUUGAGACCAAGUGGCAAGAGAUGAUUGAGCAAUACAAUUUAGGUCGUGAUCCGUGGUUCACAGAAAUGUAUGAAAUACGCGCAUCAUGGAUUCCGGCGUUUUAUAAGGACACACCGAUGUCUGGUCUUAUGAAAACGACAUCAAGAUCCGAGAGUUCGAAUUCGUAUAUUAACAUAUACGAAUCAUACUGGUUUGAUUUGGUUCAGUUCCUCAAUAAUUAUGACGUUGCUAUAGAGAAACAAAGGUACAAGCAAGCUGUGCAUGAGACAACAACGAGGACAACGUAUCCAAAGUUGUGUACUCCAUUGCGCUUAGAAAGUCAAGCAUCAAGGGUAUACAGUCGAAAUGUGUUCUUUGACAUCCAAAAGGAAAUAAAAAAGGCUGUAUGGUCUUGUCGUAUAGAGACUGGCGAAUGCCGGGGUGAUCUCAAAAUGUUCAUUAUAAGCCAAAAGAAAAAGAAAUCGUCUGUCAACACCACGUAUUUGGUCUCCCGAAACUACACAGCCAACACGGUCGAAUGCGAGUGCAAUCUAUUCACGCGUAACGGUUAUAUGUGUCGUCAUGCAUUUAAGGUUCUAAUAAACGAUGAAGUUGAAAGUAUUCCGAACCAAUAUGUUUUACGUCGAUGGAAACAAAAUUUGGUUCCUGUCCAGAUACAAUCCGCUAAGAUUCGAUACGGUGAGGUGGAUGCGAAGAAGGAUAAGUCAAUAAUUGAUGUAUACUCCAAAGUUGACAACAUUAUAAGCAUCGCCCGGAAUGAUAAAUCGAUACUGACUAGAUUUGAGCAGAAUCUCGACAAUUUCACGGCCGAUAUCGAGAAAGAAGUACCUUAUGAAGACCCAUCCCAACAAAAGUUGGACGCGAUCAGAGAUCACCUUGGUGUUUCCAUACCCGAUGAUGUGGACAUCCUACAACCAUCUGGAAUAAGGAACAAGGGUUGUGGUACUGGUAAGAGGUUGGUAAGCGUGUCUGAGAAAAUACAGACUGCAAGCAAGAAAGCCCGUCGAAAAUGCGCGACAUGUGGCAAACGUACCGGGCAUGACUCACGCAAUUGCCCCGAAUUGAUAGGUUAA